ACUAACCGCUUUCCCCUCUGCCUGCAGGAUGGCCGAACUCCACUUCAUUACUGCGCUGCAAGCAAAUUCCCGGACGACAUGUACAAUAUACUGUGCGAAUCCGUGGCCGACACUCAGGUGGAAGACAACAAAGGCAGGACCGCGGCUGACUACAUGUCCAACCCGUCAGCCAUCAGCGUCGUCAACCGCCUCGCAACCAAGAAGGGGAGCGGGGGUUCAAAGGGCAAGAGGCGCACCCCGCCCAAGAGGAACUCGCCGGGGAGUAAGAGCAGGACGCCACCGAAGAGGGACGGAAUGAUGAAUAUCACCGGCGCCAACAUCCGCAUCUGGAUCCACGACCAAGACCUGCCGAAGUUGGAGAAGAUCGUGUGGGAGGGCCAGGGCGACAGGCUACUGAAGGAGACCAGUAACCACGCCAAAGUCAGGCAGUUCCUCAACCUCGUGCCCAGGAUGAUGACGAAGAUCAAGGAGAUCCACAACGCGGCCAUCAACGCAGACCUGGACACUUUAGACGCCAAGUCCGACCCGCCGGAUAUCCUGACGGCGAAGGACCACAACGGACUCAACCCGCUGCAUAAGGCAUCAGCCCUCGGCCACAAGGAAAUCGUGGAGUUCAUUGUCCAGAAGAACCAAAGCACAGUCUUCGGCCAGGAUAACAAAGGACGCACUCCCCUAUACUACGCUGCGGUAGCCAAGGAUGGAGGGGAAACCUACGAGUAUCUGCUUAACAACGGGUCGGAUCCUGUGCAUAAUGACCAGUACCGCAAGACCGCCGAGCACUACCGCUGGAAGCCGAACGACCUCGAUCUCUCCGUGGUGCACGAGACGCCGGCGGCUCCUCGGGACGGGAACUAUCUGGACGUCGUCGGGAAUUCGAAGUCUAGGGCGCCUUCGAGGGCUAAUGGGAGGUCGCGCAACCCGAGCCGAAGGAAUUCCCUCGGCGAGAAGUCGAAGAAGGACCCGAAGUCGAGGAGGAGCAGUCUGACUGACUCUCCAACGACGACCUUCAAGGACAUGAAAGAAGUGUCUGACUCGGACAUCGAGGAAUUUAUUCGAGACGGCGACGUGGACAGUCUGGAGUGCGUAGUCCUCUCAGGUCGCGGGCAUGACCUGCAGGGGAAGUCCUCGUGGAAUGAGCAGGUCCGGAAGUUCCUGAAGAAGGUUCCGGGAUAUAUGGAAAAGAUCACAGCCCUCCACGAGGCUUCAAGCGCCGGUGACGUCAACAAAAUCCGGCGCCUGACCAAAGAAAACGGGAAACUGGCCAUGGCCCGCAGUGCCGAGGGUGCCGUGGCACUCCAUUAUGCGGCGCGCUCGGGCAACACACAAGCCACGAAGAGUCUGCUCAAUGCCUAUCCCGAGGGACUCAAUGUGGAGGAUAAUGAAGGACGAACUCCCAUGCACUAUGCGGGUAUGGCGGCAAGUGCAGGGUCGACAGGUACCUAUGAAAUGCUGAAGAAGGAGGGAGGAGACGAAACUCUGCAAGAUCUGAAUGGCCACACUUCCGAGUACUACCGGGAUAACCCUACUAGUGGUCGAAGUCAGUCUCGAGCUCCCUCAAGGUCUCCCUCGAAAGCUCCAUCGAAAGCUCCUUCUCGGGCUGCCUCUCUGAACCCAUCCCGAGCUCCCUCUCGAGCUGCUUCUGAAGGGAAAGGUCCUUCUCGAGGUCCUUCUCGUGGUCCUUCUCGAGGUCCCUCUCGAGGUCCUUCAGAGGGUCCUUCUCGAGGUCCUUCCAGAAACAAGUCGAGAAACGAGGAUAGGAGUCGAGGGCCUUCGAGAGCCGGCCACAGCGACGAGAAGGACAUGCAGAGGGCUAUUGAUGCAGCCGAGGACGGGGACUACAGCCUCAUGUCCGACAUCAUCAUCAUGGGCGACGGCCAAAAGCUGGUAGGACUCCACUCCAAGGACCCGGAAGUCGACGAGUUCCUGCAGAGGAUCCCGAAACACUUGGAAUCUAUCGAGGAACUGCACCAGGCGGCUGAGAAAGGCGAGACGAGGAAGGUCAUCAGUCUCCUCGACAGGAAGAAGAAGGCGCAGACGAGGGAUUCGAACCACGCGAAUAUCCUACACAAGGCGACCAUCUACGGGCAUACGGACCUGGUAAGAUACCUUGUCCAGAAUUUCCCUGAAUUGAUGGACCAGAAAGACCUCAAAGGCAGGACACCGGUACAUUACGCCGCCGUUCUGAGGGAUGGCGGACAUGUUUACAAAAUUUUGGAGAAGGAAGGAGGGAAAACGGACUUACAAGAUGAUACCGGCCAUUCGCCCCAAGAGUACAUGGAAAAUCCUCAAAUUCUUACCCAAUGGGACUUAAGAACUCAACUCGAGGAAGGUAUGGGCGCGGAGGGCAGUAAGACGAGGAAUUCGCGGCCGGAGACGAAGGGCAGUGCAGCCACCAGCUACUACGGGGGCGACGAGGACGGCAUGGAGCGCGUCGACCCCGAGACGCUGGCCACGCUCGAGAAGGAGUACCGUCGGCUCAAGGGCGUUCCUUCCCGGAUGCUCAUGAAGAAGUACCUGACGAAGGACGUGUUCGAUAAGCUCAAGCACCGCGUGACGGCCGGCGGCGCCACGCUCCUGGACGUCAUCAAGUCGGGCCUGGCCAACCCCGACUCCAACAUCGGCCUCUACGCGCCCGACGCCGAGUCCUACACGCUGUUCGGCGACCUCUUCGACCCCGUCAUCGACCAGUACCACGGCGGCUUCGGCCCCAACGAGCGCCACCCCGGCAUCGACUUCGGCUCCCCGAACUCGCUCGGGGACCUGAACGAGUGGGGCGACUACGUGGUCUCGACGCGCGUGCGCUGCGCCCGCUCAAUCGAGGGCUACCCGUUCAACCCGCUGCUCACGGCCGAGCAAUACUCCGAGCUCGAGCAGGACAUCGAGAUGACGCUGGACACCCUCGACGGGGACCUCGCCGGCUACUACAGGCCUAUCAACCGCCUGUCGCCGGAGGAGCAGAACAAGCUCCUCGAUGAGCACCUGCUGUUCAAGCAGGGCGACCGCUUCCUGGAGGCCGCCGGCGCCUGCCGCUUCUGGGCGGACGGGCGAGGCAUCUUCCUCAACGCCGACAGCACGCUGGUGGUGUGGGUCAGCGAGGAGGACCACCUGCGCAUCAUCUCCAUGCAGGACGGCGGCGACCUGCGGCAGGUGUACAGCCGCUUCGUGCGCGCCGUCACCGCCCUCGGCGACCGCCUCCCCUUCAGCUACUCGCAGCGCUUCGGCUUCCUCAACUUCUGCCCGACCAACCUGGGCAACGCCAUCCGCGCCUCCGUCCACAUCCGCCUGCCGCGCCUGGGCAACGACCGCCGCAUCCUGGAGGACACGGCCGACCAGUUCCACCUGCAGGUGCGCGGGACCUCCGGCGAGCACUCGGAGGCCAAGGACUUCGUCUUCGACAUCUCCAACCGGCGGCGUCUCGGACUGACGGAGAUCGAGGCGCUGCAGGAGAUGUACGACGGCGUCAGGGAGAUCAUCCGGCUCGAGAAGACCAUGGAGAAGAACGGAAGCAGGAAGGGCUCGGCCUACUUCUAGGGGCGUCUCUCUCUCUCUCUCUCUCUCUCUCUCUCUCUCUCUCUCUCUCUCUCUCU